AUGACUGGAGUGCAGACCUCGCCCUUUGUGCGCCAGCUGGCGUCCAACAGCCGCUCGGUUCGGGAACAGGCGCUGGAGUCUUUGCGCUCGUACCUUGCGUCGCAGCAGCUCAGAAAAGCGCCGCAGCUGCAGUUUGACCAGCUGUGGAAGGGCCUCUACUUCGCGAUGUGGUUCAGCGACCGCCCGCGGCCGCAGCAGCGGCUGGCGGCUCAGCUUGGCGAGCUGAGCCUGCUGUUCCUGGACGGCGACACGGCGCUCGGCGACCGCGCGUUUGUGCGCUUCAGCAAGGCGUUUUGGAAGGUGAUGUGCCUGGAGUGGUACAACAUCGACCACCACCGGCUCGACAAGUACCUGCUGCUGGUGCGCCGCGUGCUGUACAACCAGCUUCGCUUUCUGCGCGAGCGCGGUUGGGAUGCGGCGCUCGUCGAGCGCUACGUGGCCAAGGUGCUGCAGGGGCUCCCCCUAAGCGGUAGCCCCAAGGUGUACAACGGCAUUCCCUUCCACAUCAUCGACAUCUUCGUGGACGAGUGGGAGCGCCUGGUCCUGCGUGAUGGCCGCGACGCCGAGGACGCGGAUAUGCCUGAGCUGCCCGAACAGCGCGACCUCAUAGCUGCGACCCCGCUGCCGCGCUUCGUCGCGGUGUUCCAGGGCCUCGCAGCCAACAUCGCCAACAUUAAGAUCCUGCGUGAGAAGAUAAAGCAGGACCUGCUCGCAGACCAGCGUCUCUACGACUGGGGCGUGCUGGCCCGGGACAGUCCCGAGAGCGACGACGACGACGACGUGGAGGAGUGGCAUGGCUUUUAG